AUGGCGAUCAAAUUAGAUAUGCACAAGGCAUAUGACAAGAUGGAAUGGUCUUUCAUUAAGAGAGUUCUUGAGGGAAAUGGUUUUGAUGAGAAAUGUUGUAGGUUAAUCUUGAGUUUCAUAUGUGGAGUUUCCUACUAUGUUCUCCUCAACGGAAGUCCGCUUAAAAAGUUCUCUCCUCAAUGUGGUCUCCGCCAAGGCGAUCCAUUGUCCCCAUUUAUUUUCCUUCUAUGUCAAGAAGUUCUUUCAAAGAUUCUUCAUAGGGAGGAAAACAGAGGGAAGUUUCAUGGGAUCAAGAUCUCAAGAAAUGCCCCCCCGAUAUCUCAUUUGAUGUUCGCUGACGAUACCAUUCUCUUCUGUCGAGCAAAUGAAGGAGAGGCUAAGGAAAUGUUAAACUGUCUGGCAAGGUACGAAUCUUGGUCUGGCCAAGUCUGUAGCAAACCGAAAUCUAAUGUUUUUUUCUCCAGAAACUUAGACAGCCACAAGAAACAAGCCAUCCUAAAUUGCUUAGAUAUCAAUCAAGCUAGUGGGGAUGAAAGAUAUUUGGGAAAUCCUUUCAUUUUUAAAAGAAGAAGGAAAGAUGAUUAUUCAAGGUUGAAAGAGAGUCUCAUGCGAAGAUUAGAAGGAUGGAAGACAAAAUUUCUUUCAUACUCGGGUAGAUUGGUUUUGAUCAAAUCCAUUGCUGCUUCAAUUCCUAUCUAUUCGAUGUCGACAUCCAAGGUCCCAGCGACAACGUGUAGAGAAAUGGAUUCUAUGGUCAGAAAGUUUUGGUGGUGUGGGAAUAAGGAGAAGGAUCGAUUCAUGGUGCUUAAGUCUUGGGAUCAAAUUUGUCAACCAAAGGAGAGUGGGGGCCUUGGUCUGCGGAGAUUUGAAGACAUAAACAAUGCUCUUUUAUCCAAGCUGGCAUGGGGUAUUGCAACUAAGGAAAACAAACUUUGGGUUGAGUGUCUCACGAAGAAGUAUUGUAGGUCCCAAAACUUUUGGACAGGUCAAUCAAAGGAUUGUGAUUCGGCUAUUUGGAAAAGUAUUGUCCAGGCAAGAAGCACGAUAUUGAAAGGAGUUACUACACUUUUGGGUACUGGGUGUUCUGUGGAUUUUUGGCACCUUCCUUGGAUUCCCUGGUUAAAUUAUAAUGAAUUUAAAGAUCUCAUGAGGAGCAUUAAAGGAAAGGGGUAUACUGCAAAAACAGUGGCAGAUGUGUCUGAAGGUAGUGAGUGGAAUCAUCAAACCAUUCUGCAAAUAUUUGGUGAAGAGAUGGGCAAGAAAAUAAUCUCGAUUCCUAGACUUCCGCAGGCACAUGAAGAUCAGAUUAUUUGGAAGAACAAGCAAAAUGGUAAAUUCUCUGUCAAAAAUGCGUACAUUGUUGAUCAACUAGAUCGAUUUCAGCCUGUGUGUAGGUUGUGGAAAUGGAUUUGGCACCCCAGUAUACAUCCUCGCAUUGCUACCUGGCUGUGGAGAGUUUUGAAUGAGGCUUUUCCUUUCAAAGGCAAACUUCCUUUCAUUUCGGAUAAAUCUUGCUGCAUCUGUGGAGAAAAUGAAGAGUCUUGUCUUCACAUCCUCAGAGAUUGGCUGUUUGCUAAGGCUGUUUGGCUUUUGGGGGAAUUUCCGAUCCGAAUAGACUUGAUAGCUGGUAAUUCUAUCACUCAAUUUAUUGAAAAUUUAGUGUCUAAUUUCCCUAACCAAAAGCCUCAUGUUACCCUGCUGUACUUCGGUUGUGUUUCGUGGGAAAUUUGGAGCCAAAGGAAUAAUUCAAGGAUCAAACUUACAAAUCCUGAUGGGCUUAUUUCUUCCUCUCGAGUUAGUGCUAUGUUAAAGGAAUAUAUAGAUUCAAACAUGCCUUGUACCAGAAUUCCUUCCUCCAAAAAGAUCAUACCCUGCACUAGCCUUAUCUCCUCAAGAUUUUCAGUGUUUACUGAUGCCUCGUGGUGCAAUGGUAAGGCGGGGUUUGCUGUUAUCUUAGUCAAUCAUGAAGAUCAUACCUGGUUUUACACAUCUCAAUGUGUGUCAUCGCCUUCGGCUCUUGAUGCUGAAUCCCAAGCCAUUCUCUACGGCUUAUCAUGGGCUUCCAAGCUGAAAUGGAAAGACAUUGCCCUGUUCUCGGAUUGUCAAGUGGCGAUUACAGCAUUUGCAAAGAAUGUUUGCAUCCCGGAUUGGCGCACCACUCAUCUUUCUUUUGCAAUUUUAGAUAUUGUUAAAAUGUUUGGUUCUUGUAAUUUCUGGUUUGUUAAGCGUGAACUUUUAUCUGCAGUGGAUGAUUUGGCAAGAAGUGCUAGAAUGUCUAGCCUAGAUGCCGAUUUUUGUCAAGGGGAGGGAAACCCCCCUGUGGUUCCCACUUUUAAUUGUUAG